AUGGAGAGGGGCGCCGCCACCGCCGCCGCGGCGCUCGGCUGCGCCCUCCGCUCCCCUUCUCCCUCCGCGUCCCCGGCUCCCCGGUGGCCGCCGCUCCUCCGCUGCCCCCGCCGCGUCCCGCCCUUGCCUCCCCGCUCCCUCCUGCCGCCCGCGCGGCGUUUCAGGCCUCUAGACAUGAAGAAGGGACAGAGUAGGAACUCACUGAAGACCUUCAGCUCAUCUGGACACUCGGGGGUUAGACUAAACAAUGUAGAUCUCAUCAACGAUAAGCUCCUAAUAGAUUGUGGAGAGGAUCAAGAUUGUGUGCUCGGUGGCAUAGUUGCCCUGGGAAAGUUUGAUGCCCUCCACAUUGGUCAUCGGGAAUUGGCAAUGCAUGCUUCUAAAGCAGGGACUCCUUUUCUUCUUUCUUUUGCGGGAAUGGCCGAAGUACUUGGCUGGACAUAUAGGCCUCCUAUAGUUGCUCAAUGUGAUCGCAAGCGGGUCCUUUCGUCUUGGGCUCCAUACUGUAGGAAUGUGGUACCUCCUGAAUAUCAAGUUGAGUUUUCAAAGGUCAGGUCCCUGUCUCCACGACAAUUUGUUGAAAGGUUAUCAAAGGAUCUUAGAAUAAAAGGUGUCGUAGCAGGUGAAAAUUACAGGUUUGGUUACAAAGCAUCUGGUGAUGCAGCUGAGUUAGUGAAACUAUGUGAGGAAUUUGGUUUAAGUGCAUUGAUUGUACGUUCUGUCAUGGACACGGCAAAAAGAUCUCAUAAUGGAGUUUCAGCCGCUAUAAAUUCGAGUGAUAAAGGACAGGUUUCUUCCAGCUGUGUCCGCCAUGCGUUGGCUAUGGGUGACAUGGAAUACGUCUCUGAAUUACUAGGGAGGAAACACCGUCUUGUGCUAAUGGUUAACCAACACUGCCUUCAUGAAAAGAAAAACAUUGUACUCCCUAAUUCUUGCAUGUUGAACAUGCCACCAGCCGAAGGUCUCUAUGAAAACUGUGACCUUGUUAAUGGAGGGUAUCUUGGACCAUGUAGAGUGAUCAUCAACUCUGAUACCCUCAUCAUUGAGAUGAAAGAUGAGAACAGUUUUUCUCUAAAUCCUAUUCAAGAAGUUCGGCAGUUAGGGAUUGAGUUUGGAUAA